AUGACGCCCAAGGAAACAAGGGAGUGUGCAAGCCUCCCAACUUCUGUUGCGCAGAGGACGGCUUUCAAUGCGUUUUCAGUGAGGAAUGCAAGAGCUAGGCAAUUUACAUCCUGUAGCGGUCAUGUUUUGGCGGAAGAAUUUGAUUUGAUUUGA